AUGGCAUCGCCCUACUUGCCCUUCCUCUUAGAACUGGUAGCGACUCCGCUGCUGGCUGGUAUCUUCGUCGUCGUUCCGUCUGUCUUCGUCAGCCGUUGCUCUGCUGGUCGUACCCUGCUGGCAGAAGGUGAUGUGCAGGUCCUCAUAGCCGACUUUUUCGAGCCUCCCUCAGUACCACAACUGCCUGUAUGCGGCCCUUUGUAA